AUGACCUCUCUUGCUCAGGAUGAGCGUUCCGCGCGCGCCUCAAACCCGAGCGUACGGCGCGUAGCGUUCCGCGCGCGCCUCAAAGAGCCAAUAGACCACCACAGACGGGGCCCUAAAGGGCUGAUGUUCAGCCGGGGUUGCGGGGUAAGCGCAAUGAGGUACCGCGACCUCGGCACAGAGCAGGAGAAGGAACAGGGGGGUAACAUUGAAUAUUCAUCUAUGGUGCUCGACAUUGAGAAUAUGAACGGUUCUAGAAGACAGGAAAAUAGUACACACGCAAACGGCCCGCUCGGUCCUCCGUGUGUUACCGCUCCUGUUGCUCCUGUUAGCUUCGGAUCUAAACUCCUGACUGAGUCCACCAGCAGAAUGGGCGUCAUCAAAGUGAGCCCGGACACCGCGGCCCUAUACUCCGCCUGCGACUUGCUCGACGACAUGAAGAGCGAGUCGAGUUACACUUCAUCAGAAGAGGGCUGCGGUGGAGGCGAGCGUCACGCCGUGCUCAGCUACGAGCAGGUGCGGCGGCUCAAUGACGUGAUGGACGAGGUGGUGGCCAUCCACGGCCGCGGCAACUUCCCCACGCUGCACGUGCGUCUGCGCGAGCUGGUGGCGGGAGUACGCGCUCGCCUCGAGGCCCCGCAGACCGCAGGCGGCGCUGGCGUCAACGUGCGGGACGUGCGCCUCAACGGCGGCGCGGCCAGCCACGUGCUCGCCGACAGGCCGCAGCCAUACUCCGACAUCGACCUCAUCUUCACGGCCGAACUGCCCACUGCGCGACACUGCGAUCGCGUCAAGGCCGCCGUACUCGGACACCUGUCCACACUCAUGCCACCAGCUACGCCACGUCGCCGCGCGUCGCCAGCUGGCCUCAAGGAGGCCUACGUUUCAAAGAUGGUUCGCGUGAAUUCAGACGGUGACCGCUGGUCCCUCAUAUCCCUCGGCAACUCACGCGGCCACAAAUCCGUAGAGCUGAAGUUCGUAGACACGAUGCGUCGCCAGUUCGAGUUCUCCGUUGACUCGUUCCAGAUUGCACUCGAUUCGCUUCUCGCGUUCCACGAGUGCGCUCAACUACCCAUUGGCGAGAACUUCUACCCAACUGUCGUCGGCGAGUCCGUAUAUGGCGACUUCAAUGAGGCUCUGAACCACCUCGCCGAGAAGCUGAUCGCGACGCGGCAACCUGAAGAGAUUCGUGGCGGCGGUCUUCUAAAAUACUGCGCCCUACUCGCAAAGGGCUACCGGCCAGCACGGCCAGACAAAAUCAAAACCCUUGAACGCUACAUGUGCUCGAGGUUCUUCAUCGACUUCCCUGAGCUCGGGCAGCAGCGUGCCAAGCUCGAAGCCUACCUGCGGAACCACUUCGUUGGCAGGGAGGAGGAAGCUCUGAAGCAUAGGUACCUGACCCUGCUGCACGGCGUGGUGCGCGAGUCCACGGUGUGCCUGAUGGGGCACGAGCGGCGCCAGACGCUGGCGCUGAUCGAGGCGCUGGCGUGCCGCGAGCUCUGCGCGCGCGCGCCGGUGCUGCUGGCGCCGCAGUACUUCGUGUGCGUGUGUGCGUGCGCGGCGUGUGCGGCGUGCGCGCCGUGCGUGGCGUGUGCGCAGUGCGCGCCGCCCGCGCCCUACUGCGACUGCUGCCACGCCGCCUCGUGCCCGGCGAGCGGGCGGCGGCGCCCCGCCGCGUCAAGUUGCUCACUGUCCGCCGAUCAAUUCGCUCGUCAAUUGCGCCGCGAGCUGGCUGCCGGCCGGCCCGCGGCCCUCGGCCCGCCGCGACGUGAAGUCGACAAACAAGCAGACAGAUUACCUGAUGGUAAGCAAUCAGCGAUGCCCAUGGACACCCGCAACGAUGGCGACCUUUUAGAAAGAUUAGGGUUUUGGAUAUUUUUAGGGAUUAGGGAGGGAUGGGCGGAGGGUAAGGAAUGGGCAUCCGCACAGUGCGCUCUCUGUCAAGGAGCACAUCCGGCCAAUUAUAAAGGAUGUGAAGUAUACAAAGAGAUUUUGGAAAGACGUAUGGCAAGAAACCCAAUAGUCAAGGAUAAGACACGAGAAAUGCCAAAUAAAACUGCUCCGACACAUACUAUACCAAAUAUUAAAGAAACACAAGGACAACAGCUCUACUCAGACAUAUUAAAGAAGGGAAAACCCGAGCCAACACCAUCAACUAGCUUAAAUAGCAAAAUAGAAGAAUUACUUAUCAAACAGUCGGAAAAAUUCGACAUUAUCUUACAACAAAUGAGCACUCUUAUGAACCUCAUAGUGACCCUAGUUGAAAAAAUAUCGAAAUGUCUGCCCUGA